CGAGCGCGACAUCCUGGCGCAAAGUUGCAUUCACGCGCCUGGUCCGCAGUCCAAGAUCCUCCACGUGAAUGAGAGGAGCUGCUUGCGAGCUGUAGAGUAGGCAAAGGUGAGACGCCGCCACUCCAGGCGGUGACAGCACCUGCCUCGCAAUGGUGCACGCGCAGCCGAGUGCCAUAAUCUACCAAAGUGUGGACGGUGAGAUCACGCUCAUCGACAUUCCCACAUCUAUUGCCAUUGCUCAGGGCCGCUCCGGAACGCUCCUGUCCACUCCACCGCUAGAGGAGCCAAUUCCGCCAAAGGAAGGAUGCCGAUCUAGGGCAAGCCAAAACACGGCUAUCUCGUCCGUCGACAUAGUUCGUCAUGAGCAGUACAGGUCAUUGAUCGAGCAAGCAUUACUCGAUAUCAAAGCUCACGUUCCUGGAUUCUGGUGCGCUCCCCGACAGGUAUUGCCUCAUCUGCCGACACCUGGAAAAGGUGCAACGGGACCUGAUGAAGUGGAGAGAGAGCUGGGGUCUCGAUUUCGAGAGUGGGUCGCUGGUGAAGAGAGCAAAGUAGAGAGCUUGUCAGACUUCCAAGUGAUGAUGGCUUCUCUAGGUGCACCAGAGGUUCAAUCCACGGCUGCCGGAAGUAAUACACAACCCUGGAUCGUGUCGCUUUCUGCGCCUGGGGGUGCCACUAUACAGCAGGCUUCCACCUCAGGAUCACUGCCGGCAUUCUACAACGCAGAAGGGCAGUCCCUGAACCUGACCAUCGCCCGCGCUACAACCGAGGAUAUGGGGGAGACUUGUGCCUAUCACUUUACAGUACCGCCUCUUUCCGCCUCUUUCCUCGGAGACUGCGAUCAUCCAGAAUUAUUCCGUUCUUCCUUUCGCGAUAUCACGGACAAGCACGACCUCCCAAGACAUUUUGACCUGGUACUAUUGGAUCCACCAUGGCCCAACCGGUCGGCUAAGCGUAAGGGAGUAUACGAGCAGAUCGGAGGCAUGCCGUACUUGAAGAACAUGCUACACAGGAUGGAUCUUGAUAGCUACAUCGAGAACAACGCUCUUGUCGGCAUCUGGAUCACAAACAAACCAGCUCUGCGAGACCACGUGCUCGGUGCAGGAGGACUGUUCGAGACGUGGAACGUGGGACUGAUCGAGGAGUGGAUCUGGGUCAAGACAACUACCAAAGGAGAGCCGAUGUUUGACAUCGACGACGUAAUGCGCAAGCCGUACGAGGUACUACUGUUAGGACGAGCAGCCCCGAACUCAUGGACCACGAUGACCCAUGCACCAAAACCCCGAAAAAGGGUGAUUGCUGCAGUGCCGGAUGUCCAUUCACGGAAGCCAAGUCUCAAGGCAUUGCUGGAGCCGUAUAUGCCAGAUCCUACUGACUACAAUGCGCUUGAAGUUUUUGCCCGCUACCUUGUUGCUGGCUGGAUGUCCUGGGGAAAUGAGGUGCUGAAGUACAACUCGGACGUUUAUUGGGCCAAGCACCCAAACACGCACUAGGCGUUGGGGCGCGAACGUAUGCCAGCAUAGUCCUACUAUGAGGCUCUGGAAACCCUCAUGGGGUUCGUAAACUUUUCGACAAAAAGUUGGUAAUUACAAUAUAAUAGU